CUGCGCUUCUCUCAGUGGAAACCAACCCAUAAUUUCCUAUGCCUCCAUUAUUCAACUCGACCUCCCACGUUCCGUGUUCCUUUCUUUUGUUUUCUUUUCCUAAUAAAACCCAAGGAAAUGCAUCUGCCAUUAUUGUUGUCUUCCUGCGUUGUCUGGUCUCGCGACAAAACGAGCACAUGGCCCUCUCUUCUUGCUUUUCCCUCUCUCCACUCUCUUCCAUUUCCAAGAUUGACUACGCUAAGAAGAGUGUAGGACCUCGGAGUAUUGAUGGAAGGAAACAAGGGUUCCCUUUUCUGCUCAGAAGUAGUAACACUGAACUCUUUGGUCAUCAGCUUGUGACUGUGGGAGCUCACUUACACAUGAACUGGAGUUUUGUCGGAGGUUCGAGAGUUACUGUGAGACCAAAGCAUGAGAGACUCGUUCCGCAUCGAAAACUCUCUGGAGUAUAUGCGUCAUGGUUGGCAAGUUCUCAAAUUGCUAGCACUGCUUUUACUUUCGGAACAACCGCAGUUCUCCCAUUCUAUGCCCUCAUGGUUCUGGCACCUAAAGCUGAACUAACGAAAAUUUCCAUGGAAAGUGGUAUACCGUAUAUUGUGCUGGGAAUUCUCUAUGCUUAUCUGCUAUACCUCUCUUGGACUCCCGAAACGCUACAGUUGAUUUUUGCAAGUAAAUACUGGCUUCCUGAGCUGCCUGGUAUGGGAAGGAUGUUCUCGAACGAGAUGACAUUAGCUUCUGCUUGGAUUCACUUAUUGGUUGUUGAUCUCUUUGCUGCAAGGCAAGUUUUUCGCGAUGGACUGGACAAUGAAAUUGAGACGCGACAUUCAGUUUCUCUUUGCCUCUUUUUCUGUCCUGUUGGAAUCGCUACUCAUGUUAUUACCAAAGCACUGACUAAAAGUGCUGGAAGUUCCAGCAGACGUAACAUGCAUUGACAGUGAAGUUUUUCCGCGACAAUCACGAUUUUUAGGAAGUUGAAAAGAAAACCUGAUUUGAAUGAACGAACGAAUGAAGAUUCAGUUCGUCAGCAAUUUACAAAUAUGUUUUCUUUGAAAUCACAGAUCUUAUACAAUCUGUGAUCAUAUACACAUUGACAAGUCAUUCAUUUUUGUGAUUGGCAUAUAUUAUUACUUUUGAUUUCA